UGCUGUGCCCGCGAAAAUCCAUUAAAAAUGGAAGGAGGAGGCGGGGGAGCCAUCUUCAAAGACAUAAGACGUUAUUUCUGCGAAUACUGUGGAGUAUGCAGAUCUAAGAAGACUCUCAUCACCUCCCACAUCCUCGCUCAUCAUCCGGACAAGUUAAACAACGAGGGAAAGGAAGAAGAGGGAGUUUCACCGUCGAAUACAUGUAAAGACGGGGCUUCUUUCAAGAAGCCUGCUCAUUUGAAGCAACACUUGCAAAACCAUUCCCUUGAGGAUGAAUACUUUUGCAGGAGUUCCUUUUUUAUAAAGAAAAAAAUAACCAUCGGAUGUCAUAACGUGAAGCAUUGGAUCCCACAAAAUGAACUCCAAAAUGCAAGAGGCUGUUUUGUUAUUACUUGAAUGGACCAGUAUCAGGUUGGGAGACCUCCUGAGAAACUCCAUCAAGUGAGCCUCGGUCACGCCGUGUGGUGUACUGUGAGGUUUGAAGACGUGCUGCAUGUAUACAUCUAUGAUGUAUGCUUUGUGCUAUUUGUUCUAAUACCU